GAAACUUUUGCUUUAAAGCAUGUCAAGUUUUGUAAUAAAUUAAUUACUUUAAUUAUAUGUCUUACUAUAACAAAUUGUAUUUUGCUGGUUGCACCCGCUUUUUUUUUUAAUUCUUAUGAGGAUUUUUUUUUUUUUUUUUUUUUUUUUUUUUUUUUUUUUUUUUUUAUUAUUGUAAUAUUUUUAAAAAGAGAUAAAACAAUUCUGAAAUGUGUUUGUGAAUUGGAGCUUUUACCUUGGGAUGAAAAACGAAAAUUACCAGUUCAUUAUGCCGAAUUCAAUGAUACAUUGAUUAGUCCUAACGAAAUAACAAAUUAUCUUCAGGGAUUAUUUCAGCAAGAAAACAUUAACGAGGAACAACUUAAAAACUUUUUUGGAACAGAUAAUUAUGAACAAAUAUAUUAUGUCAUUUUGAAUAAUUUAAAAAAUCAAAAACAAAUGAUGAAUACUACACCUAUGUAA